AUGUUCCAAUCCCAGCACGUUUUGGCCCUCGCGGCCAUGGGCCUUCUCACAGGCGCCAGCGCCAGCUUGGAGGCCUGCUCCAGUAACUCAGGCUACAGCUGCGCAAGUUCAUCGACUACCCCUACCUGCUGCUUCAACUAUCCUGGCGGCGCCCUCCUGCAGACCCAAUUCUGGGAUACCAGCCCAUCGACCGGGCCGUCGACCUCGUGGACCAUCCACGGUCUGUGGCCCGAUAACUGUGACGGCACGUACGAGUCGAGCUGCGAUUCGACUCGCGCGUACACCAAUAUCACGGAUAUCUUGCAGGCGCAGGGCAAGGAUGAUCUGCUAGACUACAUGGAUGAGUACUGGGUUGAUAUUGACGGAGACAAUGAGUCUUUCUGGGCUCAUGAGUGGGGCAAGCAUGGUACUUGCAUUAACACCAUUGACCCGGACUGCUACCAGGGGUACACGGCUCAGGAAGAAGUGGGUGACUUCUUCGAGAAGGUUGUGGAUUUGUUCAAGGGUUUGGAUACUUACCAGGCUCUUGCCGAUGCUGGCAUUACUCCAAGCACUUCUAAGACUUAUACUCUGAGCGAAAUCCAGAGUGCGCUCACUUCGCUGCAUGGCGCAUCGGUGUACCUGGGUUGCUCGAGCGGAAAGCUGAACCAGGUUUGGUAUUUCUAUAAUGUUCAGGGCAAUGCCAUUGAUGGCUCUUACAAGGCUGUCAAGACGCUUACAACUUCCGGCUGCCCCAAGACAGGUAUCAAGUACGUGCCCAAAUGA